UGGACAUCAAUUCUCAGUAGUCGGCAUAUAUCUUCGCGACGCACGUCGACGAACCGUCGUCUUCGCGAUCCCAACCGGACGAUCUGCGUGUCGUUGAUCCGUUUGCGUACGGCCGACGACAAGGUGGUGGAUCUCGCGAAAGAAUCACAAUGGCUACCGCACAAUUGAACAGAGCCAGAACCGUAAAGAAGCUCGAAAAACCACGGCCGCUUAAGCUUAACCAGCGCAACUCGACCGUCGAUGGGCGGAUCACGACUGUAGAGGAUAUAGUGUCCUUAAUCGACAAUGUUGCAAUGCAACUGACCAAUGGCUUCCAUGACCGAACGCUGCAAAUAAAUGUAAUCUCUAUGUGUAGUCAUCUGAAACUCUAUGCCAAUCAAUUAGAAGCUAUUUACAAAGAUCAGCUGGACCGAGCCUUUGUGGCGAUCAGAAAUGGGAGCCAGGACGACAGAUUAGAUCUGACGACUAGGGUUCAUCUGCUGGAACUUAUCGAGCUGCGAGCGAAACAAUGGCGUCACACCGAUUCGAUGGACGUGUACUACAUGCAGAAGUUGUCGCAUUUAGACAAUCAGAUCGAUUCAGUACCCGAUACACCUACGAACUCUCUGUCGUCCCCGUUAUUAACUUCACCCACCUCAGCACCGAUCCUGGGACCCGGGGAAGUGAUCAAGAAUAGCGGAAAGUUCGCGAAGCCUACGCGCAUACCGGGGAAAAAUUAUUGUAAAGACGAGGUCGUCAUUCGCAACAGUGACUCGGGCAAAGUGAUGGGAAUAAAAGGGCGGCGGGUUCACAUGAUAGAAGAGCUCAGCCAGACGAUCAUCUCCUUCCAGCGAGUAAACCCUGGAGCUAAAGAACGACUUGUCCAAAUCACGGGAACGUCCGAGGACAAGAUUCAUUAUGCGAAGGACUUAAUCAAAGAUACGAUACAACGAAAUGCAUCGCCAGUGAGACUGGAGCAGAGCACCGGCGGCGAGAAAGGAGCCAUGGGAGGUUCCAGUUCUUCACUCAACAGUAGCGCGUCAGAUGAGAGCAACCGGCUGCAACAACAGAAUCAACAGCACAACUCCCGUUUACGUUCGUCCCUCUUGCACAGUCUCUCCACCAACGACGCCAGCAUAGGCGAAUACAAGUACACCGUCACCGUCGGCAAUCAGUCCCUCAAAAUUACGGGCUGCAAUCUCGAUCUCGUCAGGACGGCAAAACUGGUGCUAGAUGAACAUUUCUUGGGCGAUUCUGAGAACUUCACUAGUGGGAUAGAAUACUUCAAUUACGAGGAUGAGCCUACCUUUACCAUAACUACUACCCCCACUUCCAACUUUUCCCGCAUGCCGUUGUCAUCGUUGGACAAUGUGAACGCUCCUGUUUCUCUAGGCCGAGAGUUAAGUGUGGAAAGCGCUGCGACCUCCUCGGAGAGCGAAGAAACUUACAAGCCUCGUCCGAUCCCUGAGGAGCUAGGCUCGACUCAACAAGUUCCAGAAGCGAGAGAACUUACGUACGAGUUUCUGCUGCUAUGCGCGGCGGGUCCGUACGCAAAGCGGCCCCCCGCCGAUUGGGCGCGCAUACAGAAGGAAUGUCCCAAUAUAGUUCGUAAGGCACCGAUUCGCUGGUUCGAACCGGAGGCAUACAAAGCCAAGCUAGCAGCUGCUGGUCCCGUUGCAAUAUUACCGAUCGGCGAAGCGGAAACCGAUCCCGAGUGAGGCCGGAGGUCAAUUUGUCGCCUUCCUCCCAUUAUCCUCUCCCAUUCUGGUGAUGAUAAGGUUUCAGAGAACACGUGUGUGUGUGCUGUAACGUCUUGUCGAUCGUAAAAAAUUUGAGAAAGGAAGAUUAAGAAGGCAAGAAAAAGAAAAUCCUUCUUCAAGGAAAAAAGAAGUGAAGCGUACGUUGAAGAAUUUCGUUGACAAUAUCUCGAGGAAAAUAAAAGAAAUAUCUUUGUUGAGGAGAUACAUUUAAAUAGGAAUUGUCGGACGUGCGCUUUAUGCAAUCGAUACGCUAGUCAUUAGAGUGAAAAAUGUUUUAUUUAUUCGUAAAAAUUAUCGUAUACGCAAUCAUUUUGCAAUCAAUUGUCUUUUCGAUCGAUUACACGUCGUAUAUGCGAACCGCGUCGAUACUGUACGGCACGCACGCGAUUUGUAUAGCAUUCUGUCGCGAGACAAUGUCGACAAGCGCAAGAAUGUUAUAAUACGUUAGUUAUUAAUGACAAAAAAAAAGAGAUAAGAUCGAUUUGUUGAAACUACACAUUGAAAGACAACAGAUGUUAACUUUCGUACGCGUUUAGUAGAUAGAAUUAUAGUAGCGUAGAGACUGAGGAAUUAGAAUCGUGCAUUCGAGAGAGGA